GGUUGUCGAUAUUGCAUCUGUGGUGGUGGUCGAAUCCACGGUGAAUGUUUUCCCCGUCGCUGUGGUCAUGUCAGUGUGGUUUUUCUAGAGGAGGAGGAGGAGGAGGGACGUAGUUAGCAUUCUCAACCUAGCAGCUGAAUGCUAAUAUUAGCCCACGGGACAAAAUGCUGCCGUGGAUAAAAGCGGAGGAGGUGUGGGAAACGCCUUCUUAAUGUGUCCGACUUGAUUUAGCGGCUGUUUGGGAAAAUGGGAGCCCCACCCCUCCUCCUCGGUUUAGAGGUAGGCGGGUUGCACCAGCUGCUUGAGGAUCGUAUCGUAUCUAGGGCUGCGGAGCACAUCAAACCGGAUGAAACUAGGUCAGGCUGAGUCAAACCAGACUGAGACCAGAUCAGAACGGAGCAGACCAGACUGAUCCGAGCGUUACCGGGCCCGUCCAGGAGGCCUGUUCCAGUUUCCUAUCCAGUUGAGGGUUCAAGGGUGGAUGGAAGGAGAUGAUUUUAACACAGAGGCUGUGAUGAACAUCUGUGAUGACCUGAUGGCAGACCAAAGGAUGGACAUCUCGUCUACAAUGACUGACUUCAUGUCCCCUGGCUCCACUGACCUCAUCUCCAGCUCCAUCAGCACGCCUGGCAUGGACUACACCCGCAAGAGGAAGGGCAGCACCACCGACUACCAAAUCGAUGGCUUCUCAUUUGAUGACAUGGACCCAGAUAAAGAUAAACUGGGGAGUGACCAACAGGGCAGGAUUAAGAAUGCCAGAGAGGCUCACAGCCAGAUCGAGAAGCGCCGCAGGGACAAGAUGAACAGCUUCAUCGACGAGCUGGCGUCACUGGUGCCCACCUGCAACGCCAUGUCCCGCAAGCUGGACAAGCUGACGGUCCUGCGUAUGGCUGUCCAGCAUAUGAAGACACUCAGAGGUGCAGCCAACCCGUACACAGAGGCAAACUACAAACCUUCCUUCCUAUCAGACGAUGAACUGAAGCACUUGAUACUAAGGGCGGCCGAUGGUUUCCUGUUCGUAGUGGGCUGUGAUCGCGGCAAGAUCCUUUUCGUUUCUGAAUCGGUGUACAAGAUUCUCAACUACAGCCAGAAUGACCUGAUAGGUCAGAGCCUGUUCGACUACCUUCACCCCAAGGACAUCGCCAAGGUGAAAGAGCAGCUGUCCUCUUCUGAUACGGCCCCGCGAGAGAGGCUCAUUGACGCUAAAACUGGUCUUCCAGUGAAGACAGACAUCACUCCCGGUCCAUCUAGACUCUGUUCUGGAGCCAGGCGGUCGUUUUUCUGCAGGAUGAAGUGCAACAGGCCCUCUGUCAAAGUAGAGGAUAAAGACUUUCCGUCCACAUGCUCCAAGAAGAAAGCCGACCGCAAGAGCUUCUGCACCAUUCACAGCACGGGCUACCUGAAGAGCUGGCCACCCACCAAGAUGGGCCUGGACGAGGACAACGAGCCCGACAACGAGGGCUGCAACCUGAGCUGCCUGGUGGCCAUCGGCCGCCUGCACCCCCACAUCGUCCCCCAGCCCAGCCUGGCAGACAUCAGGGUGAAGCCCACCGAGUACGUCUCCCGGCACGCCAUCGACGGCAAGUUCGUCUUCGUCGACCAGAGAGCCACAGCUAUCCUCGCCUACCUGCCCCAGGAGCUUCUGGGAACGUCCUUCUACGAGUAUUUCCACCAGGACGACAUCGGCCACCUGGCAGAGUGUCACAGACAAGUGUUGCAGAUGAGAGAGAAGAUCAACACCAACUGUUACAAAUUCAAGAUCAAAGAUGGCUCCUUCAUCACGUUGAGGAGCCGAUGGUUCAGCUUCAUGAACCCCUGGACCAAGGAGGUGGAGUACAUCGUCUCCACCAACACUGUCGUAUCGUGUCCCAUGAUGGAGGGAUCAGAUUACCCACAGUCUGCUGCCUCUCCACAGAGUAUGGACAGCGUUCUAACCUCAGAGGGUGGGGGGAGGCGGGCGCUGCAGACGGUGCCCGGCAUCCCUGGCGGCACGAGAGCGGGAGCCGGGAAGAUCGGUCGCAUGAUUGCAGAGGAAGUGAUGGAGAUCCAGAGGAUUCGAGGCUCCUCCCCCUCCAGCUGUGGCUCCAGCCCUCUGAACAUUACCAGCACCCCUCCACCUGACACCUGCUCCCCGGGGGGCAAGAAGAUCCAGAACGGAGGGACACCCGAUCUGCCAAGCACGGGGGUUAUUCCUGGACCCGAUUCUGUCGGCUACCCCUACUCCAACCAGUCCAUCAUGAGUGACAACUCCCACCUGAGCAUAGACAUCAUGGACGAGCCCGGCUCCAGCAGCCCCAGCAACGACGAGGCGGCGAUGGCGGUCAUCAUGUCCCUCCUGGAGGCGGACGCCGGCCUGGGGGGCCCCGUCGACUUCAGCGACCUGCCCUGGCCUUUGUGAAGGCAGCGCGAAAGGGAACAACCAGAGCCACCGAUGGAGAGAGUUCAGUCGAGGGUUGAAUUCUGGGCCGGCCGUGUUUCCUGCCGUCUGCACACAACUAAACACUAAAAAAAAAAAAAAAAAAAGAAGAAGAAGAAAAAAAUGUCCAUCUUAAUAAACGCGCUGUCGAGUGACAAAUCCACAAACUGAAGGGUCGCGUUCGGACUCGGACGGCGGUUGAGAUUCGGCUCCCACGUUUCGGUUCAUCAUUCCCUGUAGGCGGAGCCGAGUUUCGCCGGCGCAAGCGGGAGGAGUUUUCUGUAAAGACCCUGCUGCAGAUUUGUUAAGAUGUUCAUUUUUUUUUUUUUUUUUUUUUUUUUUUUUACAGUGUUAGUAGUUUCCUGCAGAUCCCUGUCGUCGCCGUGGUGAGAGACCACGGCGACGGAGACACAAGUGACAGAAACUGCGGUGCUAAAAUGACGACGCUCCCUCACCGACUCUGUUUAGCCGUGGCUCCGGCGGGAGGUGAGCGGGACGGGGGCCCUGCUACCGCUGCCAGUCCCAAAACCAACACAGGACUCCUGACGCGGUCACAGACACCGGGCGACCGACGUGUUCGGUGGAGUGGUGUUGGAUGGGGAGCACCUCUCUGGACAUGUAGGACACUGUACAAAAAGAAAACAAAAAAAACAGAUGAUCUCCAACACAGGAAGUGGUGGUUUAACCUCUGGAGGAUUCUUAGUGGACCUUUUAUUCCCAUAAUUCCACGAGGAGCAGAUUAUUUUUCUGUUCCUUUUUAAAUAGUGACAAACGUUUAGAGAAAAAGCCGCCACCCAGCUGCUGCUGUUUCCUCAUCCGACUUGAACUCCUCUCUCCAGGCUGCUCCACAGCUCGUCCUCAUGGAGUUGUUUUUUUUUCUUUCUCUCUUUUUUGUUUUGUUUUUUUACAGCCGGUAACGGUACCUCGUCCUUAAGAGGCAUCGCAAAUCUAUCCAAUCUAAUCUCAGUUGAGGUCUUCACGAGUCCAAAGGUGAAAGAAACGACCCCGGUUCGAUUUAAACUGCAGCUUCACGUCUAAAUAAGAGUCUGUGGCUACGUUUCCGUGGGACGGUGGUUCCUCAGCUCGGCCGAACGGCGCCCGAUUAAAAAGAUCUGAUCAGGUUUAUGUGUUUACGUCGAUCACUAGGGUGGUUCUGUUCUGCUGCCGUGGAGCCUGGACGUCUGUAGGAAACGUGACAGAAGAAGACCUGAAGAGACCGUCCAGACGUCUCCGCCGUCGCCGUCCACCGGGAUUCCAGCUCGAUUCGUAUUUUUCAAACACUUGUUGUUUUUCUACCUCCAUGUUUCUGUCCCUCCUGGAGUGGAUUUAGUCCAAACAGAGAGAAACCAGCACAUUAGGUGUUUACGUGGUUAUUAAAGGUUUACACUACAGAAAAAAAAAUUAAAAAAAACUCCUGGUCAGUCUGCUCUGACUGAGGUGAUUACGUGAGGCAUAUUAAAUCUGAUUACUACUGGAAUGCUACUGUCCAUCCAAAAACAACAAAGCUAAUAAAUCAGCUUGACUUCCGCGUGAGUUCCAGGUUUUCCAGAUGUUCCUAUUUGAACCCCCCCUUUAAAUCUGAGGUAAAUAACCGAGGUCCUUCAAUCCUAAAACAUGUCCAUGCAAACGUAGCCACGGUCUGAAUGUUCGUGUGCGUGGACAGAAGUCUGCGUUCCUGAGGAGGUGGUAGCCGCAUCACGUACGGCCGUUAUUUAUUCUUCUCCCACAAUGCAACUCGACUUUCUAGUGCGGAGCUUGGCUCCGUCCCAAGGCCCUCGGGGCAAAGCACGAAGCCACGUGGGUGACAUUUGGAUGAAUCAGACUCAAAGCUGAGUGGACCUGUGAAGACCUCCUGAACUUUUUUUACUUUUAAAAAAAAAAAAAUCCUCCCUCUCCUCUCCUUUUUUUUUUUUUUUUUUUUUUUUUUUUUUAAGCUGCUAGAGCGUCGUCAGCGAGGAUCAGAUGAUGAGGUUAACUGCAUAACUGAAAAACGAGUUCGCCACCUCCCCGGAUUAUUCAAGUGCUCCUCCAUGAGGAAACGUUCUUCACUGCCAUUUUACUGAGGACUUCUGCUGCUGCUGCUGCUGCUGCUCCUGCUCCGGGUGCCCACGCACCUCCCUGGAGCGCUAAGGCUUAGCAUAAAAGCAUAAAAGCGUAAAAACCGUUUGGUCACAGGGUCUCCUCCCGCUCACCUCCCUCCACGCUGAUUGAUCACACGUCGGUCACUGAACGAUUCUUCUCGACUGCAGAGAUGUGGCGCAGAGAAAGUUUGUCUUUGCCUUUUGUUUCAGUACCCGGGCUCGAAUCGAGCCCCCAACAUAGGAACUGCCCCCUGCUGACCUGUUGGAGCGGGCUCGAGCUAAAAGAAAAUACCUCUGAGGUGAAUCUUACUGCAGAAAUGACAGAAUUACUGUUAAAAAACGAGAAAAAAAAAAAGAAACAGAUUUUAUGGAGAUGGAGGUGAUGGGACUUUCUAGGAAGGUUCAGAGAGAGAACGGAAAACUCUUCAUUUCAGUGCCCCCAUUUUUUUUUUUUUUUUUUGUUUGUUUUGUUGUUGUUUUUCCCCCCCCUCCCCUUAACGAUGACAAAUUAUCCUCAACACGACCUCUUCACUCUCGCCAGCGCUCGUCCUGCAGAGAGAGGAGGUGGACGGGAGUCGGGAGGAGCCACGGUCUUGUUGUCGGUCUGUGUCGCAUGGAAAGAAAAUCCACCUGAGACACAAUCAAAGUGCUCCAUCUUCUAACUGCAUUUGACAAAUGCUGCUAGUCUCUUAAAAAAAAAUUAUAAAAUAUUAUAUAUAUAUAUUUAAAAAACCUCACAAAGCAAACUGAGAACCAAACACAAAUGACUCUAAAUAAGGCUUUUUUUGAAGCGACUCAGAUUCUUCAGGAAAUAAACUUCCAAUACUUUUACAAACUAACCGGCUUCUACAGAAUUUUAUUUUGUUAUAUUUUCAUUUUUGAAAACUACCCUAAGUUUGAAGUCUAAGUGAUGUUUGCAAAACCUGAUCAUUUGAGGCUCAGUUUAAAAGAAACAGUCUUUGAUAGGUUGGAGGACUCUAGUCACAUGCAGAACCGUAUUAUUCAUUCUAGUCCUUCUAAUCCUACAACAGCUACAAAAUUAAAUAAAAUGAAAAUGAAUGAAAAGUAGAGAUGGGUAGUUCCUGUAAUCGACUAAAGAAACAUUUUGUGAUUUAUUUCUGCAGGAAACAGAAGUGUGAUUGAAUGUAACCGUGCACUAAACCUUUCUGGAGCCGUUUGGCUAAACUCAAACUAAACUGUACCUGAACCUGAACCUGAACCCCUCUUGUCAUUUAGAGCUGAAGGAGCUACUCCAAACUCAAACCAGACACUUUGUUUUGUGUCUCAACACCACUUUAUUAUUUCCGUUAUGGAAAAUUUAAUGGUUACACAGUUAAAACAUAAUAUUUUUUCCCUAAAUUCGUUCAGAUUUGUUUCUCUGGACGCAUGAAGCACGUUUUCUUUCCGUGUGGGUGGAACUUAACUCACCUGUGUCCACGCACCUGCAAGGCUCAGGCUCCGCCCACUCCUCCUCCUCAUCAUCCUCCUCCUCCAAUUAGGCGGCGGCUGGCGAGGCCCCAGCUCCUCCUCUGUAUCUGUUCUAGUGGUUUUCUGUUUCAAUGUUUUUACGCUAAACACUACAACGAUAAAGUGCCCCCCCCCCUCCCCCCCCCCCCUCUCCUCUCCUCCCUCUUGUUGAUAUGCCUCCUUCCCAACCCGCCCGACAAUAAUGUAUCAAAUCUUUAAAUAUUAUCAUGUUAAGAGUAUACUUUAUGCAAAUAUAUAUGAGUAUGAUGAGUGUAUUGUAUGUAUCAGCAGUGGAAUAUUUUUAAAAUAAAAUUAUUUGUUUCUGUCA